AUGGAACUUAAACUGCUGGUGACCAUCAUAGUCCUAACAUCAGGACUUGUUAGGGCUGAACCUGAAGAUGACUUAUACAAUUUCGAAUGGAAAGGCUACUCCACCAAUUUGGACGACCCUAAAUAUAGACUACUGGACAACGUGCAGCCUUUACACAUCUCUGUUGACCUAGACGUAUUUCUAGAUGAGUCUAGAUUUGAUGGAAUAGUGCAACUUCAAGUUGAGGUGAAGGAGAACAUGAAGCAGAUCGUAAUACACCAAAAUGUAGUAUCCAUUGACGCAGUCUCUGUUGUCAACAUGAAUAAUGAAGUGGUUCCCCUAAACGUCACACAUCCCUUCGAGACAGAUAGCUAUUAUGAGAUCCUAAUGAUAAACUUCGCACCAGAAGUCGCAGUAGGUAGAUAUGACAUCACCAUUAUGUACAAAGGGCGCAUCAAUGAAAACCCUCACGACCGCGGCUUUUACAAAGGAUAUUACUUCUAUGGAAAUGAAAAACGAUACUACGCCACAACCCAGUUCCAGCCUUACCACGCGAGAAAGGCUUUUCCAUGCUUUGACGAGCCGCAAUUCAAAUCGCCUUACGUUAUUACAAUCACACGAGAUGCUAAUCUAAGUCCAUCGUUCUCAAACAUGGGUAUUGCUGAUACUCAAGUGUUAACAACUGGCCGGGUACGAGAAAGGUUCCGGAGAACUCCUACUAUCUCCUCGUACCUUAUUGCAUUCCACGUAAGUGACUUCGUCGCUACAAACAACACAGGGACUUCAGAAAAACCCUUCCAAAUUAUCUCUCGCCAAGGGCCUACCAGUCAACAUGCGUACGCCGCUGAGGUCGGAUUCAAAAUCACUGAAGUAAUGGAAGAAUAUUUUGAUAUUACUUAUUAUGGUAUGGGCCAAGGAGAACCGAUGAAAAACGAUCAUAUUGCUUUGCCUGAUUUUCCUUCUGGAGCUAUGGAGAAUUGGGGGAUGGUGAAUUACAGAGAAGCUUAUCUUCUAUACGACCCAAGUAAUACCAACGUAAUGGAUAAAAUAUUUAUCGCCUCAAUCAUGGCCCAUGAGCUCGCCCACAAAUGGUUCGGAAACCUGGUCACUUGUUUUUGGUGGAGCAACUUAUGGCUUAACGAAUCAUUCGCUAGUUUUUUUGAAUACUUCAGCGCACACGAGGCAGACCCAUGGCUAGAAUUAGACAACCGUUUCAUUCUAAGUGAAGUUCAAAGUGCCUUAUCAGGUGAUGCAAGUCCUUCGAUUCAGCCAAUGAACUGGUCUACAGUAGCAACCAAUCCAUCUAUUUCAGCUCACUUCGGAACAACAAGUUACGCUAAAGGUGCAUCAGUACUCAGAAUGUUGGAGCAUUUUGUGACACCUGUUGUCUUCAGAAACGCACUGAGAUAUUAUUUAACCAACAAUUCAUACUCCGUUGGCUAUCCUGAAGACAUGUAUGACUCAUUCCGGCUAGCAGUGGCGCAAGAUCCUACGUUUGCCACUGCUUAUCCAAGAAUUGACAUAGGACAACUCUUUGACAGCUGGGUUCAAAACCCUGGUUCACCGGUCGUCGAAGUCCAAGUGAACAUGAUAUCUGGCUUAAUUACUUUGACACAGCGCCGAUUCCAACUAUCUGGAACUGCACCAAAUAAUAUUUGGCAAAUACCAAUCUCAUGGACUCACGGUGGCAGUCCAAACAUGGAUAACACCAGACCUUCAUACGUACUAACCGAAAGGACGGGAACAUUACAAAAACCAUCAGGACGAGAGAACUGGGUUCUUCUUAACAUUGGCCAAUCUGGCUUAUACCGAGUCAACUAUGAUCAAGAGAAUUGGAAAUUACUCGCAAGUCAGUUGCGUUCAAACAAGGAUGUCAUACAUAAGAUGAGUAGAUCGCAGAUCGUCAAUGACGUCCUGUUCUUCGUCAGGGCUGGACAAAUUACAAUUCCAACAGCAUUUGAUGUCUUAGAUUUCCUUGCAACCGAAACUGACUAUUAUGUGUGGAACGGUGCGCUUACGCAACUCGAAUGGAUUCGGAGGAGACUACAACACUUGCCAUCUGCUCACAACGAAUUCACAAACUAUCUUCUUAACCUGGUGGACAAGCCGGUGAAACUAAUAGGUUAUGUUGAGGGAAGAAACGAUUCCGCAUCAACCAUCCAGCAGAGGAUGCAGAUCCUCAACUACGCGUGCUCUCUUGGACACGAAGGGUGCAUAAGUGACAGUCUUGCAAAAUGGAGACAGUUCAAAAAUAAUAAUACGCCAGUACCAGUUUUUGCACGUCGGUAUGUGUAUUGCGCUGGUCUUCGCAGCGGUGAUGCUUCAGACUACGACUUCUUGUUCGAAAAGUACAACUCCUCAGAAAACACAGCCGAUAUGGUUGUGAUGCUUAGGACUUUGCCUUGCACGAAAGAUCAGGCAUCUAUCAGAGAUUAUCUGUAUCAGACAAUGUACAGUGACAAGAUCCGAGUACACGACAAGAACAACGCCUUCUCUUUCGCUCUUCAAGGGAACGAGGAAAAUCUGCCGACAGUGCUCGACUUCUUGUUCGAGAACUACGCUGAAAUUAGGAGGACAUAUGGUGGAGAAGCAAGAUUAACAACAGCAAUGUCCGCUGUCGCUGGUUACCUGACAAACUUCGAAGAUAUAAUCAAGUACCAAUCGUGGGUCUACGAGAACCAGGUCGCCCUCGGUGGUGCUUUUAGCACUGGAGUCAAUGUUGUGAAUACAGCCGUCAACAACUUGAAGUGGGGUAACAACGUGGCUUCAGAAAUCUAUUCAGAAGUACGUGGCCGGAGUUCAGCAUCCUCAAUCACGACUUCUUUCUGCGUGAUCGCAUUGGCUUUAGUUGCUAAACUUAUAUUUUAA